AGGAACAAAAAUAAAUGAUAAAAAACGGACAAUUCUUACCAAAAAUUUAAAUAAAAUGUACACAUGAAAAAUCGAAAUGGCACACAGAACAACAGAAGUAACAGAGAAAACGAUUAGAAAUCAGAGAGAAAAGAAGGAAAAUUUCUGCCCUCCAAAUUGAGAGAGAGAGAGAGAGAGAGAGUGGGAAGUAAUGCGAGAGAUGAAGAAACCUGGCGGAGCAGACAAGAAAAGGGUUCGAAGAUCGUCGGCAGCGGUGCAGAACGGCGGCCGAGAUCCCAGCUCCGAUACUCCGCCUAGGAAACAGGCUGCAAAGAAAGAUGUUUUCCAGUUGUUUGCUGAGAAGGUGAGAGACCACAAAGAAUUAGUUUCCCGUUGGGCUGUCCUUCAGGAAACUCGUGUGGAAUAUUUCAGGGGGAAGGACUUUGUAAGCUUUCUGAAAAAUCAUCCAGAGGUGAAGGAGAUACUGGAAUCAGAAAAUAGUAACUUGGAGGUCGAAGAAAUCGCUGACAUUCUGUUGAGUAAGAACCUUUUGGUGCGUUGUGAUCGGGUGGUUAAAACUAUUCGUCCUGGGAAGAAAAAGUUGUCAACAUGGCCAGCACAUUUAGAGAUAUUCCCUGAUCAAGUGUUCUCAGAUAAUGACGCAUUCUUCGCAUGGGCGUUUGUGAAACGAAGGCCACUUUGGCAAACACUUCUCUCGUUUUUCUGGCCCGUCUUGACUUUAGCAAUAUGCUUGUUUCCUGUAUAUCCACACCGAUGCAAGCUUUUGAUUCUCUACUCAUGUGCGGGUGUCCUUUUGCUCAUUCUCUCCCUCCUUUUGUUGAGAGCCACAAUAUUUGGUACUCUGUAUAUUGUUCUAGGAAAACGAGUUUGGUUCUUCCCUAACAUCCUUGCUGAGGAAGCUACAUUGGGUGAGUUGUUCCGGUUCUGGCCCCAAAAGGAUGAGGAGGAACGUCCUAAGUGGACAACGAGGCUUUUGUAUGCUGGUGUUGCUGUGUCAGUUAUAUUGCUGCUAAGACAUCAUGCACCUGAUGAGGCAGCAAGACUUAGGUAUCAGAGGAGGAUGUCCAACAUUAUCGAUGACGUGCUUGAGUGGUCUCCAAGGCUAGCGUUAUCCGGGUUCAUGGACAAGCCACAAGAUGUAGCUAAUGUGACUGAUUCUGGAAGCAAUUAUGCAGAUGGUGGUGGUGAAGCACAACCGGAGAAUACGCCUCCGGUUGAGGAUUCCGGUGAGGGGGAUGAAGUUGUGGUGGAGAGUGAUGAGGAAGGUGUAGGAAGUUAUGAAGAAGACACCAGCAGGCAUGGUGAACAGGAUGACAAUCAUAUAUAAAAUUAUAAAAAGAAAAUGAAGGUUCAUAGCAAGCAGGUCAUAAUACAGUAGUAGUUUGCUUUGCUUUUGUCUGUUUUCAGGAUCCUUGAUUUUGAGUGUUAAAACCUUGUAAUUUCAACAGCAAAAAAUAAAGCAGUUUGGUUGUUCACUAGGAUGUGUAAUAGCUAUACAUAUAGAACUCCGAGGAUGAUAGUAGCCAAAGUUGUGAACAUGAUGGAGUUGAACUCAACUUUUGGUUCCUAAUUUAGAAGAUUUUGAUUCACAAUCACAUUCCCAAUUCCAGAAAUGUUUACAGGCUGGACCAGAAUUCUUAGGCUGGUAGACUUGUGGAAUCAGUUCAAUAUUAUAUGAUUCAGUAACUCUUCGAGAUUUAGUUCAGAAAUGCUUGCAGGUUGGACCUUAAUGCUUAGGCUGGCAGACUCAAGGAAUCCGUU